AUGUGUCAUACCGGCCCGUCACUGUUUGGUCUGCUCAUCGACCGCAAGCCCCAUCUUGUUUCGUUGUUGGGCAUGUUCACUGGGCUUGAGUCACUUCCGUAUGAUGUCGUGUAUCAGAUUGCGAAACGACUAGAUAUCCACUCCUACGAGAGUCUUGCCAGGACCUGCAAGCCGCUCUAUCGCCAUCUUCAGAAUGAACAUUCGGCCAGGAACGCCUUACAGGCCACCUUCCCACGACAUCUUUGGGUGCAGCUCGCGCAGUCACAGUCGCAUACCAGUCAGAGGCAGACGCUGGGUCGCAUCCAUCAGUGCCAGACUGCUUUACGACAAGCCUCGCCCUAUUCGACCUCGAUUAUAGCAUACGCCUCGACUUUCGCCUACGGCGCAGGGAUGCUGUGCUAUACAGUAGGUGGGUACCUUCGUAUCCUGAACUUCAAUGCCCAGAGGACCACGGAGAAGGUGUUCGAGGGCCGUGUGCUUGUCAAUCACAUCGCCGUCACCCAACUGCAAACGGGACUUCUAGAUCUCGACUCUCUCCACUCGAUGCAAGUGCUAGGCUACGCCCAUGACAUAACGGUUCUGCACUGUGACUUUGGCGCGUUCGGCCAAUACGUCUUCGCCAUCGACGUCUCUGACGCCACGCCGUCAAGCGGCUCUUCGACCCAGGGUCUGCAUCCUCGUGUCCGUUUGUGUUCCCGCUUCCGGUCAAACAGCAAGCUCUUCGUGAGACAUACGGAUAAGUACUUGGUUAUGGGUUCGCAUUCUGCAACGGGCAGCCAUGGCCACCACGAAUGGUUGUUGCAGGCCUUCCAUCUCGACACGGCCGAGCCUGUCCACGCAGAACCAUUGCAGCUGCAGGGGUUUUACGGCUCCGAGAUAGGAUCCACGGCAUGUUUCACCCUCCACCAAGACGAAUUCUACGCCGUGACAAACCAAACGAGUCUGGAGAGCGAGGAGGUGGACUGGACAAGCUACUACCACGUGGUCAGAUUCCGGGUGGACGACCCGCAGCCCGAGCUGGUCAUCAAGGUCGUUUGGCGCCGACAGCACCUCGAGGGGCCGAUCAACGACGCUUGGACGGACCUCGGAUUCCAGAUCGAUCAGCGCACCGGCGAGUUGUUGCUCGUCGAAUGCAGAAAGGAGUGGGCCAACGGGGGCAGCAGGUCGAUCCGAACCUACUACACGCAAUCCCUGGACCGGGUCCGGCUCAAGGACCUCAAAGAAGGCAUGCGCCAUCCCCCGACAAACGACCGCCUGAUCAGCACGCUGGACGAGACCAGUAAUAGCAGGUACGAGGAGCCCGGCGUGCGGAUCGACCGGUACGUGCACACGGAGUUUCCGGCCACCAACGAGGAGACCGUCAAGGAGUAUAUUCGGGCCAAGACGAAAUGGAACGGGUACAGCUUCAACACGCAGUGUUUUGUCGACCUCGUCACGGACGAGUUCAUCCCGGAGGGAGAGUGGCGACCGCGGCAGCGCAUCCGUCUCCGUGUAGUCAGCAGACAGGAGCUCAGUCCGCUUGUCAGGGAUCAGAGGUCCUUGCAUCCAGCGGCUGUGAUGGUUCGGCCGCGGAUCAAGGACCGGGACGAAAUGGAGCUAGAGGACAGUGAGCGAAUGUUCUCGCCCAGCAGUGUCUAUCUGUGGCCACCGGAUGAUGCACCUCAAGAGCUAUACGACGUUCUUUGCCCCGACGGGAGGGCUGGCGACGUCAGCGCGAUUCUCGGUGACGAAGGCAUCAUCUACAUGGCCGGUCCGCCUCGGGAGCCUGGCUCCCCCGAACGAGCUCUCGUCUUCAUCUCUUUCGAUCCCACCUUCGGAUUUACAGGCAUGAGGCGACUGGACGGCACGUUCGCCAUGCCACAGCGCGAGAGGAAGCGGAAGACCGGCGGCGGCCUCGAGCAUGCACCACCGACUGUCGAGGAUGAUGUCUCACUCGUGGCAAAAGAGGAAUCUCGGCAUCUCGCGGGUCCAAGUCUAGCCGAACGACCCAAGAGGUUGAAGCUCGAGGGGGAAGCAGCAGUUGAAGCAUACAAUCUCGAUCUCAGUCCGGAUCCCAGCACUCAUGCCGUCCACGCCCACUUCCACGCGACUCCGAAUCUCUCCACGGCCGCAGAGGACAAACCGGAGCCUGACGUGGCGGUUCCACCUCAAGGAGACGCCACAGCCCAAGCCCUGGGCCUCGAUCCGCCAUCGUCUUGGCCCGCGUUCGGCAACAAAACCCAAGGAUCCGAUCACUUCUCCAGGCCAAUCGACCCGACGACCGCAUCCGGCGAUCAACAGGACGAAGGGAAGGGGAAAGGAAAAGCCAGAGCCAGAACACCUUCUCGUACUCCUGCUCCUACGACAAGUACACACAACCGCACACGGACACGGACAACAUGGCGCGAAAAUGCUGCGUACCUAGCGAUUAAUCAGGGCUUUUGGCUACGAUGA